AUGGCCGUCGGCCUCGCCAGCAGUGGCCACAGUACGCUCGAUGAGGAGGCGCGAGCCGAGGUCGACGUUCUGAACUCGCGUCUCGAGAAGACGACUCAGUUGACCAAGAAGAUCCAGUCCUGCCUUGGCCGGCUUGACGCUACCGGUAAAAGUGUCCGCGAUGUCACUGGCCCAUUGAAUGGAGAAACUAGGCGCUUGCAGACGCUUGGAAAUAAUAUCGACUCCGUGCUCGCUGCCAUCGACCGCCUGCGCCAGCCUGCCGAUAGUAAGAAUGACGAAGAGCAAAUUAUACGUGUUGGGCCGGACAAGGCUGGCCUACCCAACUAUUUGGCAUCCAUCAAGCGCCUGACUAAGUCUUUGACCGACAUGCAGGCGUCCAACUUGCGCGCCAACCAGCAGACAAUGACAGACCUUGCCCGCCUCAUCAAGUCGGGCAAUACCCAGCUUGAGAACCACUUUGACAAUCUACUCCGCGCCGAGACUCCUCGUUCUAUUGAGCCGCUGCAUUACAUCACCAAAGACAAGCCCUUCCCCGUUCUUUCCCAGGACAAGAUCGCACGCCUGGGCUUGGUUUACUCUUAUGUCUCCGGUAGCCAGCAACAGGGCGGCCAAGAGUCACCAGUUGCAAGAAUUUAUGCCGAAGUCCGUGGGCCAUACCUAUCCUUAUCCUUGGCCAACUUGGCUGCCGCCAGCGUCAACACUGCCAAGAAGAAGAAUGCAGAUGCCAUCUAUCGGGCGGGUACCAACGGCAUUGGAACAUAUGCCCAGGCUAUGGAGGGCCUUUUCCUCGCUGAGUACGACAAUGUCUGCAGCAUAUUCACACGGGAAGACUGGGGCAUCGUCUUCCAAUCGACUUGUCAAGCGGCUCUAGCGGAGCUAGCACGGACUCUGCGCGAGCUCAAUGCCCAUAUCAAGACCCACCUCCACACCGACUGCUAUCUGGCAUACGAAGUCACUGAGAUUUUGUCUACCUUGUCUGGCAAGUUGGAUACGCGGACCGGUGAGCUCAAGGGCUCGCUAGCUGCAGCAGCGAAGCCGGUCCGUGAAACGGCAAAAUCAUCCUUGUCCGAACUACUUGACGAGACGAGGCGAAAGAUUGGCGUCCUGCAAGUUUUACCUUCUGAUGGCGCUCCAAUACCCGUUGUGUCGGAGUCGAUGCAGAGGCUUCAGGCAAUGGUGGAGUUCCUGCGACCCAUCUCGAGCAUCAUGGUCUCACUUGGUGACGGGGGCUGGAAGUCAAGCGCGGCAUCCAACGGUCGUUCGACGGAUGCCAUUCCCAGCCUCGCAUCGUUCGACAUCGGAGCAGAUGGUCGGGACAUUUUUUCCCAUUACUGCCUUGAUACGAUUGAUGUGCUCCUUUCGUCCCUUGAUCAGAAGGCUCGGAUGCUUUUGAAGGGCAAGGCGGUUGCUGGAGUCUUCAUGGCCAACACCGUCGUCAUCAUCGGACGCAUGGUCCAUGAUUCUGACCUAUCACCUCUCCUCGAACCAAAGCUCGAGAUGCUUGAUCAAUGGCGCAAGAAGUCUACGGCAGCGUAUACGGAUGUUUGCAAGGAUCUCUCAGUAUACCUCUUCGAUACCAUACACACAAACCGAUCUCAUCGCCCCACGUCAGGCCCGGCUGACUCGGCAUCCGUUAUCAAGGGGCUAGGAAGUAAGGAUAAGGACAAGAUCAAGGAGAAAUUUACGCAGUUCAACAACGCGUUUGACGACAUGGUUUCGAGGCACAAGUCCUACAGCAUGGAGCGCGAAGUGCGGAAGAUGUUUGGAGAAGAUAUCCGCCAGAAAUUGCAGCCCCUCUAUGACCGAUUUUGGGAUCGGUAUCAUGAGAUUGACAAGGGCAAGGGCAAGUACGUCAAAUACGACAAGUCGUCCAUUGCUGCUGUAUUCCUGAGUCUCGCGUCAUGAUUUGUUGCCGCUUGAUUUAUGUGUGCAGGAAUCUCCAAGGCGUCGCAUCUCUAUGCCGUGGUGUGGUUUCGUUGUCGUAUGAUAACGGGUUCCGGUAGGUACGCGGCACCAAUCUCCGUCUUGACCUGGAGCACGUGUUUUCCCACGAGGGGCAUCGUCCAACGAGUU